AUGACGCAGAGAAGCCGGAAGUCGUGUGUCUGCUGUCAAUGCCAACGACAGAGAGAAGCCGCCGAGAGCUAAAACCCCUCAUUUAAAGACAAAAUGGCAGGACUGCCCCGCAGGAUCAUCAAGGAAACUCAGCGUCUGCUCGCAGAGCCAGUUCCUGGCAUCAAAGCCGAGCCAGAUGAGGGCAACGCCCGCUACUUUCACGUCGUCAUCGCUGGACCUCAAGACUCGCCUUUCGAGGGAGGCACGUUUAAACUUGAACUCUUUUUACCCGAGGAAUAUCCCAUGGCAGCUCCUAAAGUACGMUUUAUGACCAAAAUAUAUCAUCCCAAUGUGGACAAGCUGGGAAGAAUAUGUCUGGACAUUUUGAAAGAUAAGUGGUCACCAGCUCUGCAGAUUCGUACAGUGCUCCUAUCCAUCCAGGCUUUACUAAGUGCACCCAAUCCUGACGACCCUCUAGCAAAUGAUGUUGCAGAGAAGUGGAAAUCCAACGAAGCUGAAGCCAUAGAAACGGCCAAGACAUGGACCAGGCUUUACGCUGGGAACAAAAAUGAAGUUUAAAGCAGCCCAACAUGCGGGGGAUGCAAGUGAAAGUGGAGUGCGUGAACACCACUCAUGUGCUGCCAAGACCUCCUUCAGCUUCAUUUGCAUUUAAAGGACACAGUCUUUUAUUUUUUAUAUAAAUAUAUAUGUAUAUGAAACCAACUGCUGAUAUUUGGUGAUCUCAAGGCACACUAGUACUGAAUGACUCGUCUUUGUCUUAACUCACUACUAUUCAAAUGCAUGGGCAAAGGUGUUAGAUCUCACCUGGUUUUCUUUUUGUCCAAUAGGUUGGUAAAAAGGGGUGUGUCUUAAGCCCCAUACAUAUGGGGGAAUGUGGUUUUGAGGGCAUGCGGCGCAGCAGACUAAGUGGGAAUGAGAGAGUGGCUAGUUGUGAAAUAUAAUAUACUGAUGUUUCUUUUUUUUAAACUUUGUUUUAUUGUGUUGCAGUUUGUUUAGUUAAAGCAACUAACUACCACUAGCCCACUGUAUAUCCACUCACCCAGAGGGUUUUAUCUUGUGUACAUCUCCCAGCAGGGGAAAAAAAAACAAUCAUUGCUAAUAUCUGGAGUCAUUAAAUGCAAAACAUUAAGACUAAAAAAGAAACAAACUGAGCCUGAUGAUGUUACUGUUUGAAUUAAGACCUGUAUGUAACCCCCUCUCUUAGCGGUGAAAGUGUUUUAGGUGGCGGACAUUGUGGACCUUUCCUUUUCAUACAUGCAAUGUGUCCAAUUAUAGKAUCCAGAUUUUAUAUGUGAAUUUACUUUGCUCCUGCUGUACUAACUAUACCUGCUUCUUCUUCCUCGAUGCCAUCCGAGUCUCCCAGACUCUMGUUUACCUGCUCCUAAUGGUGCGGGUACAUCUGAGCCAUCAGUUGGUGCUGGGAUGAGUUUAGUGGGGCUGGUGUUGAGGGGAMAACUGGGUUAUCGGGGAUCAAACUUCAGUGGAUCAGUUAAAGGCUUCCACUUGGUCUUCAUUCAAUUCACUGUAAAUUUGUUGUAAAGGAAGGAGAUUAAUUUCCUGCUCAGAAUGCUAUGAAACUGCUCACCUGCYUAUGUUCUGUAAAUAAAUUCAGUUGAUUAAUAAUUA